UUCAUUAUUGGUGUUAAUAAUGUUAACGGAUUCUAGAGAUACCUCUAGCCUCUGACUUUUUGUAGAGGACAUACAGUGUCUUUCUUCGUGGUGCGAAACCAUGUUCUUCAUUUGUGAGUGGAUCAAAGAGAUUUUUACCAGAAAUGUUUGUUGUACCUGUACCUUUUGAAGCCUGCUGUCGCUGAAUGACCAGAAAAUCUCAGUUGCCCCUUUAGUGAGGUACAGACUCUAGUCGGCGCUGCAAUCGGCGCUUAAUGGAUGGAUGUCAUACUCGAUUCCGGUUAUCAUAAUACAUUAGCACAAUAACAAUAGAGUUUCGCAUGAGAGUUCCAGCUGGUAAUGUGCGAAAAAUAUUAGCACAAACUCUUUUGCUUCUAAGAACUUAACCAAAGGACAUUAAACCAGUAUGAAUACGAUGACCAUGGCGGCACAGACUCCCAUUGACGUUAACCUUACCACGCCUCUUUAUAAUGAAUCCACCACUGUUCUGGAAUACACAUACCACAAUAUUUACCCCAAGUUCUGCCCUGAAGCAGUGGCGGUCGACAAAUACGUCACCCCUUACACAUACGUCAUCGGAUUUCCAGGGAAUAUCUUUUCCCUUAUCAUUUGGCUCCAGCGUCGCAUGCGGAACUCCUCUGGAUAUUACCUUGCUGCUCUGGCCCUUGUGGAUCUUUUGUUUUUGUCACUGCAAGUGGUAUAUGAACUCAAUGAGAAGUGGGAGGUAAAGUGUCUGGAUUUACCAUUUGUUUGUGAAUUUUACCCCAUUAUUUUCUUGACCUCUCAGUAUCUCUCUCCCAUCCUCGUGUUGUCUUUUACUAUCGAGAGAUACAUAAGUAUUUGUCACCCUUUUAAAAGGGAAGCGUGGUGUACAACAAAAAAUGCAAAAAUUGUAAUUAUUUCUACAACCGUUGGUUGUUUAUGCAUCAACAGUAUCCAAGGCUUCUUCUGGUCUUACGAUUCUGCCAACAAAACGUGUCUUCUCCGACAUUCAGUAAUUGAAAACGGAACGUCCUCUUUCUGGGCAAUAUGGACCUGGUGUGUGGAGGCGUUUGUUUUUCUUUUAGUGCCGUUGUCUAUCCUGUACUUUAAUAUUCAUGUUAUUGUGGAAGCGAAAAGACUUUCAGAAUUUGAACAAAGCACGUUACAUACACGCACUCAUCGAAAUUCUGCAACGACAGUUAUGUUAUUGGCGGUUUCAUUUUACCAAAUUUUUACGACACUUCCGGUGACAAUCGUUGUAACCUUGUAUUAUACGUUUCCUCCCGAUAAAUUAAGCCUUUUACCAACUAUAACCGAUAAAUGGAAAUCCCAUUUCCAGUACUAUUGGGCCAAAACUAUAAUUGAGGAGAUAGGUUUGACUCAUUAUGCAGGAAACUUUUAUAUUUACAUGCUGACUGGCAAAAUUUUUCGACAGGAGUUCAAAAAACUUAUGCGGCCAUUAAUCGGUGGAUUGAAGGUAAAACUCACAAACUCUUCAACAACUGAAUAUACAACUGUUCGAACUGGAAGUGUCAAGCAUAAAAAGGAAGUCACGGUGCGCAUGUGCAAUGGAAUUGCAAAUGGUCACCCCACAGACUCGGCAGAAAGUGAGCCAGUUCUAAACUCUUCGGAAACGCAACUGUGACAUAAUUGUGAUAUUAAUAUAGUGUAAGUGUAUUCAAGUGUGAAGAAUUACUGGACCAAACAUAUUAUGUUUGAAGUCUGUACGAUUGAUUGUAUUUAUUUAAUGUGUAUAUAAUAUUUAUGCGAUAUGUUCUGUUAAUUUGCAUAAUCAGUAAUUCUGGUUGAUACAUUGAAAAAAUUCAUUUAGAUGCAUCUAUGUUCAAAGCAAUGUUGAAUGCAUUUGUUUUUCUUAAUAAAGUUAAAAAUAAUUUA